AAGGAAAGGAUUUCGGCACUUCUGUGCUUCGUCGUUGACGGGAAUCUUUUACGCAUAUUAGUCAGUCCCCAGAAACCAAGAUGAACAGACGCUACGAAGUUCCAGAAAAAAAGUUACCAUUUGAUGACAGCGUCUCCAUUUUGAGCUGGGCAGACUCAGAGGGCUCGAUCAGGACAUCUCCAUACGCCGUGUAUCAUAAAGUGCACACCAGCAACCUUCACCUUCCUCCUCUACCUCCCCACGAAGAGAUGUACAACUCGGAGAUCUAUCUGAUGCAGCCAGAUUCAGUCACGUAUUCUGAGUCUCUGCCGCCGAAAGAUAUGAGCAUCUACAGCGUCCCAGAGCAACGGAAGAGUCGCACGUGCUGUCGAAGACUGGGUAAGGUUUUUGGCGGGCUCCUGCUGACCUUGAACUUCGCGGUAUGCACAGUGCUAGCCAUCCAAAUGUUCUUCCAGCACCGGCUCGUCUGCAAUCAACUGUACUAUCAGAACAACACAUGUAGCAACUGUCCUAGAUAUGAAUGUCCAGAAUUGGCAACAUCCGCACCAACAAAAGUUACUAUCGAGUCCAAUGCUGAAAGAAAGAAAUGCAAUGUUGGUCUACUGUGUGUCAAGGGAUCUUACCAACCACCAGCUAACCCUGAGAAAUGUGAAUUACUUCUAGAAAAUCAUCUCAUUAAUCUGAAAGAUGAGAACCCUGUCAGUCCAGUGGACGAAAUGAGAGAACUUUACGUCGUUGAUAAUAACGCCAUCAGCGUCGUAAACUCUGGUUGGUACUUGAUCCACUCAAGGCUUCAUUAUAACCAGCAGUGUUCAGCAGUGUGUCCAAAGAGCCCAGAAAAAAUGUUCAACCAUUCCGUGUCUGUGCUACGUUUCCACAACUUCAGUGACCCGGAACUAGACGAGACAAUAACGGUAGUGUCCAAGUCAAGACGUUGCUGUGACAACUGCACCCAAAGCAAUGGCGUCAUUGAUAUCACUGUAGUUAUUCAAUUGCAGAGAUUCGAUCACGUAUAUGCCGAGACUUCCGGUCCCUCCCUCGUGUACACAGAGGGCAAAGUCUCAUUCUUAGAGGCCGCUCUGUUGCAGGAGGAGAGUUCGGAAAUUCAGCUCUACAAGUCAAGUACUGGUGGUUAGUGAGAUUGGCUACGUCGUCUGCAUCUAUCACCUCUGGCCACCAUCAAUCACAGGAUAUUCUCUCUCUCUCUCUUAAUCUCUCUUCCUCUCGCUCUCUCAGAACGAGACAAAUCGUCAUAGCAGGCCUCAACACUGACCUGCAACGUCACAAUCUGUGGGCAGUGGAAACCAAAUAACUCAUUGCCAUGUCGAACAGACCUGUAAUGUGCCAACAAGCUAUUGGUCUCCACUGCUCGUGGGCUGUGACGUUGCAGGUCAGUUUUCAGGCCUUCUACGACGAUUGGUCUCGCUCAGACCCACACAUUCACACACCCCACCCAAACACAUCAUCUCGACUCCCCACUUGUGCCAUACUCUCGAUACACAAAUACAUUUUUUUUCAAAAAUUCAUAAGAACUUACACGAUGAGACACACAUUGUCAACUGGGAAAACAUAAGACACACACACAUUGUCAACUGGGACAACAUAAGAAACACACACACACACACACAUAUGCUCGCGCUUGAAUGAACUAUCUUUCAGCGGCGGAAUGUAGGGUCUACAGUAAACUAUUGUUACGACUCUCCUACUAUCCAGGCUAUCUUCAAACUGCACCACACGACACAACGAACUUAAAAGAACCUCACAACUCAGGGCUCCAAAGAAACAGUAGCAAUUUAAUUUCAAAAAACAUCACAAUUGGCAACAACAUUACAAUGACUCAAAAACCUAGCCUUGCUCCGCCUGACUUCACAUACCGUGCUGUUUCUAACUUCGCCUCGUACUGGUCACAUUGCGAGGUAACGUGAAGUGUCAUGAAGUGUCUUGCUCUUAUAUAGGGUCUCUACCGGCCUUCCAGAAUCGGAUGGAACGUUCUUGACCACCCAGAAUGAUCACAAUCGCCGUGACUUGCGUGCGUAAUAUUUACACACAGGUCGUAGCCGAACUGGCGUGUACUGUCACUGGUCACGGUUGACAGCUCGUCUAGCGCUGGACUGGGGCGAUUUGGGUAGGCUAAAAACACACAGCACAACCAGGUUUACUUUACUAUUUAGGGGUUGAAAACUAAUUAAUAGUAAUAAUAAUAAUCUUUUACACUCAUAAGGAAAUUUGUCAUACAAUUUGUGCAUUACACCAAAAAAAAAAAACACAAAAAAAAAACAUUAUAAUUACAGAAGUCCAAAAUAUACAUCCACAUCAGACUCACUCAUAAUUUACAUGUAAAAAGUUUAUAUCAGAUAAUUUCUAUUUAAUGAUCUGAUUGCCAGGGGAACAAAAGAUUAUUGUGUUUGUCUUUGCUAUUGGUGUCUUGUAUCCUUACCAUCACAAGAUCCUGAUUUUUUAUUUCUAGAAUCUUUUUAGCGUUUUUAUGACGUGUACAGCUGCACAAACGGGGUUUGUUUUUUUGCCAAUGAUUUUAACAGCAGCAUUUAGGAUUCUUUGAAAUUUAUUUUUAUUAUUUUUUUUUAAGUGGAUACAACUGGGCCACUGAGUCUUAGAAUAUAGAGCCUACAUUUAACUCAUUCUCACUGACCUAUGUAUCCCCUCAACUGACAUAAGCAGUCUUAUACAAAUUAAAACAGGCAAAAUAUGUAACUUUUUAGCUAUUGUUUAUAUAUAUAUAUAUAUAUAUAUAUAUAUAUAUAUAUAUAGAGAGAGAGAGAGAGAGAGAGAGCUGUAACGCAUGGAUUUGAAAGACUUGACCAAAAAAACACAGCCAUAAGGCGACGAUUACGACAAACUGUAGCCUAAUUCUAUCGCUUGUUGGUUUGUUUAUAAGACUACACAGAGAGAUUGAACCAAAUCACUACUUCAUCAGUAUGCACAUUAUUAUUAACGAAUGCCCUAAUACGUAUUAUUAUAAAUAUUAUAUAUUGUACGUAUAUUGCUUUUUAAAAAGUUGCUUAUUAAAAUAAAUGAAUGAUGGAAAUACUUAAUAAAAAUAAUAUAAAAAAUC